AGUGAGAUUAGCUUUAGACAGAGAGGCAGAGAGAGAGAGAGAGAGAAGGGACUCUGUAGUUUGUUCUCCUUCGUGAACCGUUCUCUUCUUGUUAUAUACAGGGAGAGAUGGCUGCGACAGGUACGACAUCUGGACAGCCACAGUUCAUUGCGAGCACUGGAAGCCGGAGUUUUUCAAAUGCGCCGCUGAUUGAGAACUCGGAUUAUGAUCAGAUUGUUGUUCCUGAUAGGACAAGCUGGAAAAACUUAUUUGCAUACAUGGGUCCCGGGUUUCUUGUUUCUAUUGCAUAUAUUGAUCCUGGAAAUUUUGAAACAGAUCUUCAGGCAGGAGCACAAUUCAAGUACGAGCUACUUUGGAUCAUAUUAAUGGCUUCUUGUGCUGCUCUCAUUAUUCAGUCCCUAGCAGCCAAUCUUGGGGUUGUCACAGGAAAGCAUUUAGCAGAGCACUGUAGAGCUGAAUACCCUAGGGUCCCAAACUUCAUCCUCUGGGUUCUUGCUGAAAUUGCUAUUGUUGCGUGUGACAUUCCUGAAGUUAUUGGUACAGCCUUUGCAUUGAAUAUGCUCUUCAGUAUUCCUCUAUGGUGCGGUGUUCUUCUGACAGGGCUUAGUACAUUGGUUCUUCUAGCCUUGCAGCAAUAUGGGGUCAGGAAACUUGAAUUCUUGAUUACCUUUCUUGUACUUACAAUUGCUGCAUGUUUUUUUGCGGAGCUUGGCUAUGCAAAGCCUGCUGCUACUGAGGUUUUAAAUGGUCUUUUUGUUCCCCAACUCAAAGGAAAUGGUGCUACUGGCCUUGCGAUUUCACUUCUUGGUGCUAUGGUUAUGCCACACAAUCUCUUCCUCCAUUCAGCAUUGGUGCUCUCUAGGAAGAUACCACGAUCCGUUCGAGGCAUUCAAGAGGCCUGCAGAUUCUAUCUAAUAGAGAGUGCCUUUGCACUAAUGGUGGCUUUCCUCAUUAAUGUGUCCGUUAUUUCCGUAAGUGGUGCAGUUUGUAAUUCCACAAAUUUGAAUGCGGAAGAUCAGAAGAGCUGUGAGGAUUUGGACUUGAAUAAGGCCUCAUUUUUAUUAAGAAAUGUCUUAGGUAGUUGGAGUUCAAAACUUUUCGCAAUUGCUUUGCUGGCAUCAGGUCAGAGUUCUACCAUAACAGGAACGUAUGCGGGACAAUAUGUUAUGCAGGGAUUUCUUGAUUUACGACUGAAGCCAUGGCUUCGAAAUUUUUUAACUCGUUCCUUGGCUAUAGUCCCUAGUUUAAUUGUUUCACUUAUUGGUGGCUCUGCUGGGGCUGGAAGGCUGAUCAUCAUUGCAUCAAUGAUUUUAUCAUUUGAGCUUCCUUUUGCUCUCAUUCCACUCCUCAAAUUCACCAGCAGUAAGAAUAAGAUGGGGAUUCAUGCAAACUCCAGAGCGAUUGCAGCUGUGACUUGGAUAAUUGGUUCCCUUAUUAUGGCCAUAAAUAUAUACUAUCUCCUGACGGGCUUCAUCAAGUUGCUUUUCCAUAACCACAUGAAACUUGCAGCUGCUGUGUUUCUUGGAAUAUUUGGAUUUUCAGGUAUGGCAAUUUAUUUAGCUGGGAUUGCAUAUCUGGUUUUCCGCAGCAACAAGAAGGCUACGCACCUUCUGGCAUUAAUGACAACUGAAAAUGGACAAUCGAGCAAUGAGACGGGUAAUGGAUCAAUCAUGUAUUCUCUCCCAAGAGAAGAUAUAGUCAGCAUGCAGUUACCUCAAAGAAGAGACGCAGAGGGUCUUGACUGAUGGUUAGUUAGUUGGUAAGCUAGAGUAGUGCUAAAAGACAAACUCUAGGACUUGUAGUUUUAAGCUAAUGUGUAGAGAUGGAGACACGUUAAUUAGGUAGAAUAAAUUUUGUAAUAAAUCUGACAUUUUUCAUGUGUA